AUGACAGGUAGAGGGAAAGGUGGGAAAGGGUUGGGCAAGGGUGGUGCAAAGCGGCACCGUAAGGUUCUUCGUGACAACAUCCAAGGUAUUACCAAACCUGCUAUACGUCGUUUGGCUCGCCGAGGUGGCGUCAAACGCAUUUCUGGCCUUAUCUACGAGGAAGUGCGCGGCGUUUUGAAGGUUUUCCUUGAGAAUGUCAUCCGGGAUUCAGUAACCUACACGGAACAUGCGAAACGCAAGACAGUAAUAGCCAUGGACGUGGUGUAUGCAUUGAAACGCCAGGGACGCACCUUGUAUGGGUUUGGGGGCUAA